AUGGCUUAUGCCAAUAACUUACUUGACCAUCAUUGCCAGGUGAAACUAUGGAGAAUCAUAACUGAACCAUGUUUGCCAACAGCACAGAUGUUGAGCUUGCUGAUGGGGACCCUUCAUAGGCAGUUUAUAGAGAAAGAUGUGAACAGCUUAGAGGAUUUCCACAUGGCAAUUCUUGACAUCUUCAGCACCAUCAAUGCGGCAUUACCUGGUAAACACUAUGAUGUUCCUCCUCUGAAAGAUGUUGAGGCCUAUUUCAAAGAAUGGAGUUCAGCCGACGAUUCAAAUAAGAAAAGGCUGUUCAUGGAAUUAAUGCAGAACAGGCUGAAUCUUAGCAAGUUAGAUGACUCCACCAUCAUUACAGGGCUUGUAACACCUCCAGCAGCAAUGGUAGCCAAACGCGCAGGCGAGACCGUGCCCCAACUGAAAUUGAUCAAGGCAAUUCCUGAUGUCGUUUUUGUGCCAUCAGCCACAGUGCUUGCCCUUAUUUCCGUGAAACUAUCCAGGAAAAUGUUUUUAGGACAAGUAGCAUCUUGA